AUGCGACCAUGGCCAAAAUAUAUCUGCUCCCGCUUGUGCGUGACCUUCUCUCUGCGAACUCGUCCCCACUUCGCACAAGCGAGCAGACCUUUGGCGACCCCAUGGUUAUUUGCCGUUGUCACGCCGUUGACCCUACCAUCAUCGUUUGUGCUGGCGCACCUCCCAACUCAAGGCCGCGCAAGCGUGGAGUGGUAUGCAAACUUUAUCUUAUCUGUCGUCUGUACCUCAGGAUCGCGUUGCAUGGCGUGCGCGCAGACUGCUGGCAAGCAUUCCGUGACGUGGAACAAGGCAACCUUUAGCAGCACCCGACCCUGUGAUCUGACCGCUUCCGAAAACGCAGCAUCAGCACGUAUGGGACUUCCGGAACUUGGGGCGUAA